UUCAAAUUCUAAUUAUUAGGAGAGUAGGAACCAACAAAGAAAUUUCUGUGCCUGUAGGCCUACAAUUGCCGUUGAAUAUUAAACACCCACUGCUGUAACAGCUAUGUAGUUGACACUCGACAGAGACUUCAACCAUUAAUCAAAGAAAACCAUUAACAGCUUUGUCUCUUUACUUCACUUGUUUUCUCCUUGGCACCCACGAGCUUUUGGGCACGGUAAAAGCCAAGCACGGUCUCUGCCACAGCUAUUCUUCUCAACUUUGGAUUUCUUUUUCUGUUUUUACGCCAGUUUUCUCUUUGACAAAACAAACACAACCCAAACUAUGGCUGAAGCAUGUGUAGGAGGAUCAUUUCUCUCUGCUUUCCUUCAGGUUUUGUUUGAUAGGAUGGCUUCUCCUCAGGUUUGGGGCUUCUUCAAAGGCCAAAAGCUUGAUGAUGGACUGCUGAAGGACUUGAAGGGAACAAUGAGAUCUGUUAACAAAUUGCUUAAUGAUGCUGAGGAGAAGCAGAUAGCUGAUUCAGAGGUGAAAGAUUGGCUUGAUGAUCUCAAAGAUGCUGUCUAUGAAGCCGAUGACUUCUUCGAUGAGAUUGCUUAUGAAGCUAUGCGAUUGGAGGUGGAAGCUGGCUUUCGAACCAGCACUGAUCAGGGGGCAAGCUUCUUGUCUUCUUUUAGUCCAUUCAAUAAGGUGAAGGAGAAAAUGGUGGCAAAGUUAGAAGAGAUUUCUCGGACACUUGAACGCCUAUUAAAGAGAAAUGGUGUCCUUGGUCUGAAAGAGGUCAGUGGCCAGAAAGAAUCAACCCAGAAAUUACCGACUACUUCUCUGACAGAAGAUUCAUUUUUUUAUGGCAGGGAAGAUGAUCAAGAAACCAUAGUGAAAUUGCUGCUGUCACCUGAUGCAAAUGGAAAAACUGUAGGUGCUAUUCCCAUAGUCGGUAUGGGAGGGGUUGGUAAAACUACUCUGUCUCAGUUUGUCUUGAAUGACAGUAGAGUACAAAAGGCGUUUGAUCUCAAGGCCUGGGUUUGUGUUUCCGUAGAUUUUGAUGUGCACAAGCUAACAAAAGAUAUCCUUAUGGAGGUUGGUUCACAAAAUUGUGAUGCCAAGACUUUGAAUGGCCUUCAUCAGGAGCUGGAGGGGAAAUUGAAGGGGAAAAAGGUUUUGCUUGUUUUGGAUGAUGUUUGGAGCAGUGACCAAAGUCGAUGGGACUUCUUAUUGAAACCUUUCAAGUCUGUGGCAGCAGGAAGUAAGCUCAUUGUUACAACACGCAAUGAGAACAUAGUGCCAGCCAUGCACCGGGCCAUACCGCGCAACCAAAACAAAGAAUCAAGCCCUAGCCCUAUUUCAAUUCAUCGUUUGAUGGGAUUAACUGAAGACUUUUGCUGGAUUUUGUUUAAAGAGCAUGCAUUUAAUGGUGAAGAUCCCAGAGAACACCCUGAUUUACAAGGAAUCAGUAGACAAAUAGCAAGCAAGUGCAAAGGUCUACCUUUAGCUGCAAAAACGCUUGGACGUCUCCUAUGUUUUGAAAGAAAUGCUGAGAAGUGGGAGGAGAUCUUGGAGAGCCACAUAUGGGAAUCGCCAAACGAUGAGAUUAUUCCAGCCCUUCAAUUGAGCUAUUACUAUCUUCCACCCCAUCUAAAACGAUGCUUUGCUUUUUGUUCAAUAUAUCCUAAGGAUUACAGGUUUCUAAAGGAGGAUUUAGUUCGUUUAUGGUUGGCAGAGGGCUUAGUCCAACCCAAAGGAUGUAAAGAGAUUGUAAAACUCGGGGAAGAGUACUUCGAUGAUCUUCUUUCAAGAUCACUUUUUCAACGAUCAAGAUGCAAUGAAUCAGUUUUUGUUAUGCAUGAUCUCAUAAAUGACUUGGCAAAAGUUGUAUCUGGAGAAUUCUCCUUCACAUUGGUGGGUAACUAUUCAAGCAAGAUUAGUGGAAGAGUCCGCCAUUUGUCAUACGCGACAACUGACUAUGAUGCCUUGGAUAAAUUUGAGGGCAUUGAUAAAGCCCAAGUUUUGCGCACAUUCUUACCGUUUUCACAUCGGCGGUCUUCAAGAGUCGACAGCAAGGUACAGUAUGAUCUACUACCGACCUUCAUGCGCUUACGAGUUUUAUCUUUGGCUCCAUAUCAAAAUGUAGUUCAGUUGCAUGAUUCAAUUGGCCGCUUAAAACAUUUGCGAUACUUGGACCUCACUGCAACACCAUUGAAAAAGCUACCUGAAUUUGUGUGUAGUUUUUAUAAUUUACAAACAUUGUUGUUGGACAGCUGCAUGUGCCUUGUUGAAUUGCCUAACUCAAUCGGCAAUUUGAAGAAUUUACUUUUUCUGAUACUUCAUUGGACAGCAAUCCAAAGUUUGCCUGAAUCCAUAGUCAAUUUGUCAAAUCUGCAUACUCUGGUCUUGAGUGAGUGCAAAAACCUCACUGAGCUGCCAGCCAACAUGGGAAAACUCACAAAGCUUGAGAGGUUAACUGAUUUCUUUGUGGGAAAACAGAGCGGUUCUGGCAUUGAAGACUUGGGGAAACUUCAAAAUCUUCAAGGAGAACUUCGUAUUUGGAAUCUCCAAAAUGUUUUGCCUUCUCAAGAUGGUGAAACCGCCAAGUUGUUGGAUAAGCAGCGUCUUAAGGAAUUGGAGUUGAGAUGGGCUGGUGAUACCGAAGACUCACAACAUGAAAGACGGGUACUUGAGAAAUUGAAGCCUCACAAAGAUGUGAAACGUCUUUCUAUUAUUGGUUUCGGGGGUACACGCUUCCCGGAUUGGGUGGGAAGUUCUUCCUUCCCAAAGAUCGUAUUCUUAAAGCUCAAAGGAUGUAAAUACUGCACCUCCUUGCCUCCACUUGGGCAAUUAGUGUCUUUAAAGGAGCUAAGGAUUGAGGCAUUUGAUUUGAUUGAUGUAGUUUGUCCUGAGUUGUUCGGAAACGGCGAGUCCAAGAUUAGAAUUUUGGGUUUUGAAGAUAUGAAAGAAUGGCGUGAAUGGAAUUCAGAUGGUGUCGCUUUCCCUCUCCUUCAAUUACUUCAGAUAAGACGUUGUCCCGAGCUAAGAGGUGCCUUGCCUGGUCACCUUCCUGCUCUAAAGGAACUUUGCAUUGACAGAUGUCCGCUGCUCAUGGCUUCACUUCCGAGGGCUCCAACCAUUCGUCAAAUGGAAUUGUUUGACACGUCUCGUUCUGUGCAGCUAACAAAAUAUCAAUCAGGGAUGCUGAGUCUCAUGGUUCAGAAAUUUUACUCUCAAAACUCACCAUUACAAGGAAUUGAGCACAUAGGAGUUUCUACUACUUUGGACAAAAUUGAAGUCCAUUGUUGUGAUUCACUCAUGCUCUUUCAGCCCAAGUCGUUCCCAAAUUUGGAGAUUCUUCACAUCUGGGAUUCUCCACAUUUGGAGUCUCUUGUGGAUUUGAAUACCAGUUCCUUGUCAGUUUCUUCUCUUCAUAUACAAAGCCUGUCUUUCCCAAAUUUGAGUGAGCUUUGUGUGGGCCACUGCUCAAAGUUGAAGUCGUUGCCUCAAGGUAUGCACUCCCUCCUCCCUUCCCUUAAGUCAUUGUCUAUAGAAGAUUGCCCAGAACUUGAGUCAUUUCCUGAAGGGGGUUUGCCUUCCAAAUUACAAUCACUUAACGUCCAAAAUUGCAACAAACUCAUCAACAGCCGGAAGCAUUGGGGUUUGCAAUCACUCCUUUCUCUUUCAAAAUUUAGAAUUGGUUAUAAUGAAGAUGUGGAAUCCUUUCCUGAGGAAAUGCUGCUGCCCUCAACUCUUACAUCUCUUGAAUUAUCUUGUCUUGAAAAUCUGAAAUAUCUUGAUUAUAGGGGGUUUCGACACCUUACCUCUCUUGCAAAAUUGACUAUCAGUUCCUGCCCCAAGCUCGAGUCCUUGCCAGAAGAGGGUUUUGCUGCCUCCAAAUUACAGUCACUUGCAAUAUGGGGUUGCCACAGGCUCAUUGCACGCCGCAUGCAAUGGGAUUUAUGCAAGUUCCCCUCUCUUUCCCGCUUCAGAAUUGGUUAUUGUGAUGAUGUGGAAUCCUUUCCAGAGGAGACACUGCUGCCCUCAACUCUUACAUCACUUGAAAUUUGGAGUCUUGAAAAACUGAAAUCUCUGAACUACAAGGGGCUUCAACACCUCACCUCUCUUGCAAGACUGAAGAUCAGGUUUUGCCGCAAUCUCCAUUCCAUGCCAGAAGAGAAGCUGCCCUCCUCCCUUACUUAUCUUGACAUCUGCGGCUGUCCUGUUCUGGAAAAGAGGUGUGAAAAGGAGAAAGGGGAAGAUUGGCUCAAGAUUUCUCACAUCCCCAACAUAAAUAAUUGAGCUAAAAGCCUAGACUGUAGCGUCUCUUCUUUCAUUUCUACAAUUCAGUUCUGGACUGUAGUAUUUCCAAUAAGAAACAGAGUUGCUUUGCAAAAUUUACAGGGUUGUCAUGCAACUUUGUUGCUGCUAGCUGUUUAAUUUUAAUGUCCAUUUCAUAUUUUCAACUCUUUAACGACUUC